AUGGAGGAGCGGAGAAAGUUCCAGGAAGAAACGGUGGUGAACGUGGGGGGCGGCAUGGCGAGGAGGAGGAGGGGAGCACGCACGGUGCAGCAGGAGGGGAGCGCCACUGAGUAUAUUGUGGUGAGUGUGGCCUCUCUCCCUUCAGGAAUUUAUGCGUUUCGAGCCUCCAGGCUUUUCUCCUGCACGGUGCAGCAGGAGGGGAGCUCCACCGAGUACAUUGUGGUGAGUGGGGUGGGGGGCUCGGUGGGUUGGGCUGUCUUGUAUGUGACCAUCACAGCAGCGUGUGAGGGGACCCUCAACCUGCCCGAAGUCAAAUCCGCAGCUUCUUUGAAAGAGGCGCUUGCGAGACUGGGCUCGAUCCCCAUUGACGAGCUUCAGGGUGUGGAAGUGCUGUGGACGCCACAAGACCCAUCUGAUUCGUUGACAGCGCAUGACAUUCUGAGUGACUAUCCUUCCAUGCGCAUGCUAUAA